AAUCACCUUUGGAUUUUUUAUUUUUUGCUAAACAAACCAAAAACAACUGAAAAUUGUGAAAAAAAAAAACAAUUUUUCUUAGUUUUUGUUUUAAAAUUUUGUAAAUAAGUGAUUUUUCUCCUUCAUUGAUGUGCGCUAAUGAGGCUGCAGUGAUGGGCACUGAUAGGCUGCACUGAUGAGGUACUGGUAGAUGGCACUGAUGGGCACCGAUAGGUGGCACUGAUUGGUGGCACUGACUGGCACUGAUAGG